UUUAUUUCAUUUCUCUAAUGUUGUCUUUGUAUUUUUUUGGCUACCGUUUCUGCUUUCCUCAGAAACUUCUGCUGCUCCCAACUGUUUCCAACUCCAUCGAAGUAUGGGACUUCCUCAGUGUGGAUUCACAGACAUAUAGCUUCUCAAACUCCUUGUCCAUAAUUGAAACAUUACAGGCUGACCUGGACAGCACUGUACGCCAAAAGAGUAAAGAACCUCCGCAUGGUAUAAGCCCUCGAACUGAUCUGUUAUCCUCCAAGGGUAAGCAUUCUAAUACUGAAAGCAAGAAUCCAACUUCAAGGAUGGAACAAGAUCAUGCAGGACAUGAAUCAAGAUUCAGGAAAGAUUAUGUCGUACUCUCUCCUCCAAAAAGACCUCUCACAGAAACUUUUGAGGAUUCAAAUAGUGACAACAAGGUGCAUGCAAAUAGAAAAUCAACCCCAAACAUGCAGACGACAUCAAAAUCAGUUGAAAGUAACUCACGUGCAUCACCUGAAUCUCUUGUUGCUGCUCCCGUGGAUCCCCCCUUUCCCAGUGAGUGGGUGCCACCAAAUUUAACCGUGCCUAUAUUCGAUCUUGUCGACGUCAUUUUUCAGCUCCAAGAUGGUGGAUGGAUCAGGAGGAAUGCAUUCUGGGUGGCUAAACAGGUUUUACAAUUGGGAAUGGGUGAUGCAUUUGAUGAUUGGCUGAUUGAGAAAAUCCAGCGUCUGCGCAGGGGUUCAGUAGUUGCUGCAGGUAUCCAACGUGUUGAGCAGGGGGUGGAGACAGGGCACUGGAGUAUGUACUGUCAUCAGUCAUCAUCUAACUUGCUUUAUUGA